AUGGCGGGCUUGUCGUCGCUGGUCGUCGCCACGGCGGCCAUCUCCGCUGCGCCGGUGGCGUCCGCCAGCAAUGCUGCCCGGCGCUGGGCGGCGUGCUCGGGGCCUCGUGUUCCGGGACACAGGCUGAUGCUGGCGCCAGGCCCCGGAGGUUGUUCCCGCAAGGUCGGUCGGAGCUCGCCGACAAGGAGGAACGCCGGGCUGACAGAGAUCGAGCCGGAUCUGGAGGAAGGCAAGCACGACCAGUGGGCCACCAAUGGCGUCAGCGAAGUGAGCAGAUCAUUCUCGCUCUCUCCUGUUUCCCCCUUCUCCGUCGAACCUUUGUGAUGAUCUCUUGGCCAGUGGUUCGCAUGAACCGUUCCUCUUUAAUUUCAGGAGGAUUUCGUCUACGGGGAGUACGACGGGCACCAUACAUACUUCGAGGGCGGGAAGAAAGGUGCUGGCUGAUUUGCGUAGAAAAGAUUUAACUUAUUUUCGCUUUGUCAGUCGAUCGAAAGUUAGGAUUUCCCUCUUACUGCAUCCAACCGUUCGACGCCGGUUCCAAUGGAAAUGACUCAUGACUUAUGUGGACUGCCAUGGAAAACGGUGAAACCAGAGAGGAUUUUGUGACCGCGGGUUUCAAAAUAAAUGACGGUAGUCGAUCCUCGCGGCUAAAUAUAUCUUGCAUGCACGUUAGGACGAACUCACGCGAAUUUGUUUCACAGGUUUUCGCCUUGAAGACUAAAAGUUAAUAAUUCUCUUAUAUGAAUGAAUUCAACACAUUUUCUCUAAUUGGAUCCUUCACCACACGCUCUUGUCCUCCAUGGUUCAUUCAGUGUUGGACUCCGAGAGACUGAUAGCUCAGAAGAAAAUCAUUGGAUCAAUAAUUAUAAAUGAAAUUAAGCUACUUUUUACUGUCUUCCUAGAUAAACAAGGGCCAUAAUACUUUACGAGAUCCAAUCUUUUAAAUAAUCUCAAACUAUUGAUCUCUCCAUACUGUCAAUUACACUUAUCUCUUUGUGUUCCAUUUGGUUGAUUCUAAUGCGGAACAGCAUAGAUUGCAGCUACAUUCUGGGAAUCUGUUGCUGAGGAGUACAAAGCUGCCGAACCUCCUUCUGGUUUCCAAGGUAUAAAUCGAUCCUCCGUCCCGCCCUUUAUGGGGUUUAUGGUCUGAGAGCUGGGCAUGUAUAAUCUACUCUGCAAUUCCUUCUCAGGGCUCAUCUCGUGGUUGUUCCUCCCUGCGGUGGCUGCAGCCUUUGCUUACGACGUUCCUGUAUGUGAGCUUAAGAUUCAAUUCCAAUAUUCUCCGGUUUUUGAUGGUGUUUUGAUCGUGAACUUUAUCUCAUCCGAUGACGAAUAGGGGUGAAAUGAUUUCAGGUUGCACUCUUAUAAUAGAGUUUUCUUGAUCAUUUAAAUGGCACAGGAGUAGGAAUUCACAGUCUAUUCGAGUAUGUUACGUCUGAUUUCAUCAUGAUCUAGCCAGGUAAAGGAUCUGGGCAAGUCAGUAGUACAGAGGCUUGCAGCUGGAUGAUUGACACCGGUUGGAAUCGAACUCAGCGGGCGGGAAAGGAUGGAGAGUUCUGAGGGAUGGGGGUGUGAUAAAAAUAGCACUGCCUUUCUCAUGGCUUUUCAUCUGGAUUCAGAAUAUUUCUACUGUAGUAGCCAUUUUAGUUUUCGGAGAAAUCUUAGAUAGUUACGAUGAAUGGCUCCCACGAAUGCAAUAUUCUUAUGGAAUGAUUGUAUCUUAGCUAGAAAUCUGUUCCCUGCGUUUAAAAUCUGUUGAUUUGAAUGCCCUUUUUAGUUUUCAUUGAUAUCAAAUCUCAGAUAAUUAUGACGCCCGGGUCUCAUACGUGAAUUAUUCCAUCGAAGAAUACGAUCAUCACUUGAAAAACCUAUCCUGGAUUCAAAAUUUAUUAGUUAUGAUACCACUUUUAGUUUUCAGAGCUAAAGAAUCCCAGGUGACAACGAUGGCUACUUCGUAUGCGUGAAUUCUUUCAUGGAAUAAAAGCAUCUUUAACUUGACGAAUCUUUGGAUAAUCCAGCAAGGUGAACAUAAUUUUUUUUCCUGCAGGGUGAAUACCUGUUCAUCGGCGCUGGUGUUUUUGUGGUGGUAUUUUGUGCGAUAGAGAUGGACAAGCCAGAUAAGCCCCACAACUUCGAGCCCCAGAUAUAUAACAUGGAGAGAGAGAGCCGGGACAAGCUGAUUGCCGAGUACAACACCAUGGACAUAUGGGACUUCAACGAGAAGUACGGGGACCUCUGGGACUUCACUCUGAAGAAAGAACGGUUGUGA